UCUAUAAUUAAUAUUUUUAACUUUUAACUUAUUCGUUAAUAAUACAUACAUAUAUUAUGAGAUUCUUAAGAAGUUUAUAAUAAUGAACGAGUCAUGCUAAGCACGCUAAUGAAAAAUAAUUUUAGAAUAAGAGGAAUAAAGAAUUUAUUUAUUUAUUAUCCACUAUUUUGCUUAAUUGUGCAGCUUUUUGUAUAGUAGAAUUAAUUUUAUAUUAAAAUAGCAAAAUCAUUACUGAAUAAUACUUCUAAAAUAAUUUCAACUGUAAGUAAAAAAAAAAAAAAAAAAAAAAAAACCUGAGCUGAAAUACAUCUUACUUACAGAUGGAAUUAUACCGAAAAACAUAAGCAAAACAGGAUCAAAAGCUACAGUUUUAAUACUUGUAAUUUCUACUGAAUAAUCAUUAAAGAAAGUCAAGUUGCUUAAUUGUGCAACUUGACAAGUGGGCUUAAAGAGGGAAGCAGUUUGCAAUUGUCAACACCUCUCCCCUUUUUUGGUACUAAUCAACUCAUAGAAAGCUUACCUUUUCUUGCAAUAUCUCUGGUCUAUUCUUUCCUGAUCUUUCCUUUAUCCAUAAAAUUGACUACGCGUAGCCCUAGCAUGAAAAAUGAAGUCUUUCAUUACCAAUAAGUCGUUGAAGUGGAAGAAGAGCACAUGCUCAAGCUGCCCGCCAAAGUUCUCUAUAAAUACUUCACUUAUAUUGCCACUCUUCUCCAUCCACAACCCUAAUUGUCUCUUUCUUUCCUUUACUCAUUUCCAUUCCCGACACACAAACACAAGAAUAUGAAGUUGCUAAAGUUUUUCUUGAUUCUUGUUCUUGCAAUGGCUCUACUCCUUCCCAUUAGUACUGCAUUACCGCUCGAACAAGAACAAGAUCGAGAACGAGAAGAUAUCGAUUAUGACUUGACCAAACGAUCGCUUAAUGAAACAACCCAGUUCGAUCCUGAACAUGGAUCCCGUCAUUUUCCUGCUCGAAACAAGUUUAGAAAAGCUUGUCGUGCAAGAUGUGACAAGUUCCCUAGGAUUUGCUAUGCCAAGGGAAGUCCAGGGCCUUACUGUUGCAAGAAGAAGUGUGUGGAUGUUCUAACGGAUCGCUUCAACUGUGGAGCCUGUGGAAAGAAGUGCAAAUACAAUCAGAUUUGUUGUAAUGGAAAAUGUGUGAAUCCAUCCUUCAACAGAAGGCAUUGUGGAGGCUGCAACCAUAGGUGCAACAACGGAGAGUUUUGUGCUUUUGGCCUUUGCAAUUAUGCAUAGGGUAUUUACUUUCUGAUCACCCAUACGAUACAAAACAAGUUUUGCCUCUGUCUCAAGAUAGUUUUGCGAAUAACAUUUAUCCUUUCCUAAAAGCUCCUUUUUUCUAUUGUUCCUUUCUCCAUUUAUGGACAUUAGUACAUAUUAAUUUCCCUUUGUUUCAUUUUUCUU